UUUAUUAUUUGUAUCUGCUGAAUCUUUCACUAUUUUAUAUUUUUAAAAUUUAAAGUGUGGAUGCAGAAAAUGAGGAUAGGGAGAUUGUUUUUUCUUUCUUUCUUUAAAUGUGAAACUGCUAUUUACUUGAAAAUGGUUGCCCCCAAAAUGCGAACCUUUUUCAUUGGAGGUCAGUUGUGCUUAAUAGAAAGUAUUCUGCGUUGGACUAGAAAAUAUAUCUGGAGCAAUAGUCAAGAGGAGCCGCCUUUUAUUGUUAGAUGCACCACACACAGCUUCAGGGAGCGUGAGACUAGGAUUCUGCACUCUGCCUCCCCACGAUCCCGUGUCCUCAGGUGAGGCCUCCCCCACUUAGGGUCUCUGAACUUUGUCAAGAACCAUUCAGGGGCUGUGUGUAGAAGAAGGGGCACUGCCCUUGAGCUUGCAUCCAACUCUGUUGCAUUCAAGCUCAGUGACCUUAGGCAGGUCCUGUGACUCUCAUUCCCUGUGGUAAAAGGGAGGUGAUGUUAUCGAGAUCGCAACAUUGGCGUGAUGCUCCAAGGAUAGGGGCUGUGCAGGGGCUCCGCUCGGCUUGGGUCCUGCCUUCCCCAGACCAGGGGAACCUGAACCGAGAACCACUCUGGGCCAUAGACAUGGCAUAAGGAGGAAGGGGUGAGGACAGAGAGCACCACUCAGGCUCUUCCAAAAUCGAAGGGUCCCCUUGCUUCUGGAUGCUGUCUUAUGGUGAAGUACAAGCAGAGGGGAAGUGAGACUACGCUGGUGACCCCCAUGGGGUCACUCCCGGUUCCCCGCAGUGGGGCCGGGGUACACGGGGAACAAGGAGACUCGGCCUCCACAGCCCCAGGAGCCUCAGCAGAGACGUGUAUCCAGGCCUCUUAUUCCCAGUGGUGAGACGGCCCCUGCCCUGACUUCCCCUGGCCGGGGCAUCAGACUGAGGGUGCGGUGAGAGGCCUGAUUCCUGUAGAAGCCACCACGCGUGUGCAUCUGUGUAUGGGGAUGGGGGAGCCACAUCACCAAAGGGAACCGAAAGAAGCUCAGGGAACUUGCUGGCGAGACACUGGGCUCUGGACUCGAACAGGGCUGAGUCACACCCUGGCUCUACCACUCGGGGAUUGUGUGACUUUGAGCAAAUCUCGGACUCUCUUGGAAGCCCCAUUUCCUGCCUGUAAGCCUAUUCUCCUCCCUUUCUCCUGGAGCAGCACUUCCAAAGCUGCAGGGAGGCUGACGUGACCUGACAGCUUGUCCAGGAGCCAUCACCGGUGGUGGAGGUUGGGGUGAGAUGGGAAGAAGAAAGGGACACCUGCUCAGCAAACUUUUGCUUCCAGCCACCAAAGGCACAGGGAAAACCAAGCUGCUCCUAUUGACAGUACAACCUGAAGGAGGUGGAGCCGUCCCCAGGGAGCCUCUGGGGCUUGCUGACAUCCACGACUACCAGCUGCAGGCGCCGGCCCACUCCUCAGCCCCUGCUGGGGCCCCCCAGGAGCGGUGGCGCCCCCUGGAGGAGCGACUGGGAAGGCUGGAGGCUGAGGUCACGGAGCUCAGAGAACAGAACAAAGACCUGCAGGGGAGGGUGAGGCAGCUGGAGUCCUGUGAAUGCCACGCGGCUUCGCCCCAGUGCUGGGGGCUGGGUCGGGCCUGGCCCGAGGGGGCUCGCUGGGAGCCUGAUGCCUGCACAGCCUGUGUCUGCCAGGACGGGGCUACACACUGUGUCCCCCAGCCUGGGCUGCCCCAUUGCCAUGGCUGCAGCCACAAUGGUCAGGCCUAUGGCAAUGGGGAGACCUUCGCCACAGAUGCCUGUACCACCUGCCGCUGCCUGGAAGGAGCCAUAACCUGCACCCAGAAGCCAUGCCCAAGAGGACCCUGCCCGGAGCCGGGAGCAUGCUGCCCGCACUGCGAGCCCGACUGUACUGGAGGCCACAGGAGUGGGGAAACGUGGCAACUGGAGCCCUGUGUCAUCUGUACCUGUCAGGCAGGGACGGUGCAGUGCCAGGGGCCCUCAUGCUCAGAGCUCAACUGCCUGGAGAGCUACACCCCACCUGGGGAGUGCUGCCCCAUCUGCUGGCCAGGCUGUGAGUAUGAGGGGCAGCUUUAUGAGGAGGGGGCCAACUUCCUGUCCAGCUCCAACCCUUGUCUCCAAUGCUCCUGCCUGAGGAGCCUGGUUCGCUGUGUGCCCGUGAAGUGCCCGCCCAUCCCCUGCCCUGAACCAGUCCUGAGGCCCGGGCACUGCUGCCCGACCUGCCAAGGCCUCCUCUCUGCCCAUCGCCUCCCAGCCCAAGGCUGCACAGAAGGUGGUUCUCACUGGGAGCAUGGCCAAGAGUGGACCACACCUGGGGACCCCUGCCGGAUCUGCCAGUGCCUGGAGGGCCACAUCCGGUGCCACCAGCGAGAAUGUGCCAGCCUGUGCCCAUACCCUGCCCGGCCCCUCCCAGGCACCUGCUGCCCUGUGUGCGAUGGCUGUUUCCUAAAUGGGCGAGAGUACCACAGCGGGGAGCCCGUGGGCUCUGGGGACCCCUGCUCCCACUGCCGUUGUGCCAAUGGGAGUGUCCACUGUGAGCCUCUGCCCUGCCCACCGACGCCCUGCAGACACCCAGGCAGGAUCCCUGGGAAGUGCUGCCCAGUCUGUGACAGCUGUGAGUACCAGGGACACCAGUAUCAGAGCCAGGAGACCUUCAGACUCCAAGAGAGUGGCCGCUGUGUCCGCUGCUCCUGCCAGGCCGGCGAGGUCUCCUGUGAGGAGCAGGAGUGCCCGGGCGCCCCCUGCACCCUGUCUGACUCUGGCCCCCAGCUCUGCCCAGCCUGUGUGCUUGGUGGAGAGGAGUUUGCUGAGGGGGUCCAGUGGGAGCCUGAUGGUCAGCCCUGCACAACCUGUUCCUGUCAAGCUGGGGUGCCCGUGUGCAGGGCUUUGCUCUGCUCCCCAGCCCCCUGCCAGCACCCCACCAAGCCCCCCGGUGCCUGCUGCCCCAGCUGUGAGAGCUGCACCUACCACGGCCAAGUGUACGCCAACGGGCAGAACUUCACAGAUGCAGACAGCCCUUGCCACACCUGCUACUGCGAGGAUGGGACCGUGACAUGCUCCUUGGUCAACUGCCCUCCCACAACCUGUGCCAGGCCCCAGAGUGGACCCGGCCAGUGCUGCCCCAGGUGCCCAGACUGCAUCCUGGAGAAGCAAGUGUUUAUGGAUGGCGAGAGCUUCUCCCACCCUCGAGACCCCUGUCAGGAAUGCCAGUGCCGGGAAGGCCAUGCCCACUGCCAACCUCGGGCCUGCCCCAGGGCCUCCUGUGCCCACCCGUUGCCUGGUCCCUGUUGCCAGAACAACUGCAAUGGCUGUGCCUUUGCUGGGAAAGAGUACCCCAACGGAGCAGACUUCCCCCACCCCUCCGACCCCUGCCGCCUGUGUCGCUGUCUGAGCGGCCACGUGCAGUGCCCGGCCCGCCGCUGCCCGCCCUUGCCCUGUCCAGAGCCGCUCCUGUUGCCAGGAGAGUGCUGCCCGCAGUGCCCGGCCACCCCCUCUGGCUGCCCUCGGCCCGGGGGCGGGGUCCCCGUCCGCCACCAGGAACACUUCUCCCAGCCCGACGACCCCUGCCGCCGCUGCCUCUGCCUCGACGGCUCCGUGUCCUGCCAGCUGCUGCCCUGCCCACCGGCGCCCUGCACCCACCCGCGCCAGGGGCCCUGCUGCCCCUCCUGUGACGGCUGCCUGUACCAGGGGAAGGAGUUCGCCAGUGGCGAGCGCUUCCCUUCGCCCACUGCCCGGUGCCACGUCUGCCUCUGCUGGGAGGGCAGCGUCAGCUGCGAGCCUAGGGCCUGUGCCCCAGCACAGUGCCCCUUCCCUGCCAGGGGUGACUGCUGCCCUACCUGUGAUGGCUGCGAGCACCUAUGGGAGUCCUACCUGAGCAGCCAGGACUUUCCGGAUCCCCGAGAGCCCUGCAAUCUGUGUAUCUGUCUCGGAGGCUUCCUGAACUGUAGCCGCAGGCCCUGUGAGCCUCUGGGCUGCAGCCACCCGCUCACCCCGUCUGGGCACUGCUGCCCGACCUGCCAGGGAUGCCUCUAUCAUGGGGUCACCGCUGCCCCCGGAGAGACCCUUCCUGACCCGCUCGACCCCACCUGCUCCAUCUGCACCUGCCAGGAAGGCUCCAUGCGCUGCCGGAAGAAGCCGUGUGCUCCAGCUCUGUGCCCCCAUCCCUCCCCAGGGCCUUGCUUCUGCCCUGUUUGCCACAGCUGCCUCUCUCAGGGCCGGGAGCACCAGGAUGGGGAGGAGUUUGAGGGGCCCGCAGGCAGCUGUGAGCGCUGUCGCUGUCAGGCUGGCCAGGUCAGCUGUGAGCGGCUGCAGUGCCCACCUCUGCCCUGCCCACUCCAGGUCACAGAGCCGGGGAGCUGCUGCCCUCGCUGCAGAGGCUGCCUGGUUCAUGGGGAGGAGCACCCUGAAGGCAGUAGCUGGAAGCCCCCCAACAGCCCCUGUUCCUCCUGCAUGUGUCAUGAGGGUGUCAUCACCUGUGCCCGCGUCCAGUGUGUCACCUUCUGUGCCCAGCCUCACCUGGGGCCCCGUGACUGCUGCCCUCGAUGCUCUGCCUGUGAGCAUGAGGGUCGGAAGUAUAAGUCCGGGGAGAGCUUCCAGCCUGGCGCAGACCCCUGUGAAGUGUGCACCUGUGAGCUGCAGCCUGAGGGAACUCCCAGCCUUCGCUGUCACCGGCGGCAGUGUCCCAGCCUGGUGGGCUGUCCCGCCAGCCAGCUCCUGCCCCCUGGGCCCCAGCAUUGCUGCCCCACCUGUGCCCAGCCGCUGAGUCCCUGCACGGAGCACCUGCGGGGGUCUAAGCUGGCCCUGCCAGACCCCUGCUACACCUGCCAGUGCCAGGACCUGACUUGGCUCUGCAUUCACCGGGCCUGUCCUGAGCCCAGCUGUCCCCUGUUGGAGCGCCAUACCCCCCCUGGGAGCUGCUGUCCCGUGUGCCAGGAAUGUGUGGUGGAAGCUGAGGGCCAGAGAGUGGCAGAUGGAGACAGCUGGUGGGACCCCAGCGACGACUGUAUCACUUGCACCUGCCGUCGGGGCCGCGUGGAGUGCCACCUGGAAGAGUGCCAGGCCCUCUCCUGCCCCCACGGCUGGGCGAAGGUGCGGGAGGCUGGCAGGUGCUGUGAGAGAUGCCAAGCCCCCGCCCAGUCGUGCGCGCACCAGGGCCGGCAGGUGGCCUCCGGGGAGCGUUGGGCCGUGGACGCCUGUACCAGCUGCUCCUGCGUAGCCGGCGCCGUGAGCUGCCAGAGCCAGCGCUGCCCGCCGCUCUCCUGCGGGCCCGACGAGGCCCCCGCCCUGCGUCCCGGCAGCUGCUGCCCCCGCUGCCUCACCCGGCCCGGUUCCUGCAUGGCCUUCGGAGACCCUCAUUACCGCACCUUCGACGGCCGCCUGUUGCACUUCCAGGGCAGCUGCAGCUACGUGCUGGCCAAGGACUGCCGUGGAGGCGACUUUAGCGUGCACGUGACCAACGAUGACCGGGGCCGGAGCGGCGUGUCCUGGACCCACGAGGUGGCCGUGCUGCUGGGAGACGUGGCCGUGCGGCUGCUGCAGGGCGGGGCGGUCACGGUGGACGGGCGCCCCGUCGCCUUGCCCUUCUUGCGGGAGCCUCUGCUGUAUGUGGAGCUGCGGGGACGCACGGUGAUGCUACACGGCCAGCCGGGGCUCCAGGUGCUGUGGGAUGGGCAGUCCCAGGUGGAGGUGAGAGUGCCUGGCUCCUACCGGGGCCAGAUUUGUGGGCUCUGUGGCAACUUCAAUGGCUUUGCCCAGGAUGAUCUGCAGGGCCCUGAGGGGCUGCUCCUGUCCACUGAGGCUGAGUUUGGGAAUAGCUGGCAGGUCCCAGAGGGGCCAGGACCUGGUCGGCCCUGUUCCAAGGGCCGUGAGGUGGAUCCAUGCCGGGCAGCAGGGUACCGUGCCAGGCGUGAGGCCAACGCCCGGUGCAGGGUGCUGAAGUCCUCCCCGUUCAGUCGCUGCCAUGCCGUGGUGCCCCCAGAGCCCUUCUUUGCCGCCUGCGUGUAUGACCUCUGUGCUUGUGGUCCUGGCUUCUUGGCUGACACCUGCCUCUGUGACGCCCUGGAAGCCUAUGCCAGCCACUGUCGCCAAGCAGGGGUGACUCCUGCCUGGCGGGGCCCCACACUCUGCGUGGUGGGCUGCCUCCUGGACCGUGGCUUCGUGUUUGAUGAGUGUGGCCCACCCUGUCCCCGCACCUGCUUCAACCAGCAUGUCCCCCUGGGGGAGCUGGCGGCCCACUGCGUAAGGCCCUGUGUUCCUGCCUGCCGGUGCCCCGCAGGCCUGGUAGAGCACGAGGCCCACUGUAUCUCACCCGAGGCCUGCCCCCCAGUCCUACUCACUGGGGACCAGCCACCCAGCACUCUGCCCAACCCCAGCCAGAAGCCCCAGGUCCAGGAACCCUGAGCCAGGACGACACCGACAAGGAUUUAUCAGGCUAGAAGUCUCCCCUCGGAGAGAAGCUCCCACACUGCCCGGGCAUCGGGAGCCUGGGUCUGGGCCCCACAAAGACCCCAGCCGUGUGGAGUCAGAAGCAGUAAACUCGGGAACUGCCCUAAGGUUUCUCUGUGUGUAUGUGUGCUGCCUCUGGGUGCUGCGCUGGUGGUGUGGGUUCUUUGGAACAUGGGGUCCAGAGGUCAGUGUCCCCAGACUCAGGGUGGUAGCAGCUGUGGGGUGGACCUUGCCCACUCUCUGUGCCUGCAUCUCUGGGCUGCCCCUACCUGCCACACCCUGGUGCUGCCUGGGAAACCCUGCGAUGGGCAGAAGGAGGACCCAGGUGCCCUGGUGCCAGCCCUGUGUUUACAUGUAGCAGGCACGGCCUGUGGCCCCCAUGUGCGGCCCUCUGUGGGGCCCUCUGUGGAUCCAGGUGGAAUCCUGCAGGGGCUGAGGAACACUGGGAAGGGGCUCAGUGCCCACAUGGCAUCCCCCUUUCCUUGGGGAUAUUGAGUGCUCAGGCACCUCCUGGGCCACCCUAAGAGCUGGUGACAAAAGGACCCCACGCCUGGGUGGGGAACAGGAGAGACAAUGUUUCUGUGAUGACAUACAGACACAUGUGAUGAAAUACACACACACACACACACACCCCUCAAAAACCCAGAUAAACACAUGCAUGUAUCCCUCGUGUGUUCGCAGCUACACCCACCCCUGACGGACAUGUGGUCAGGGGACACACAUGUGACUUUCAAAGACAUCCUUAUAGGGGAAAGAACAUGGGUUUUGAAAUAGGAAAAAAAAAAAAAUCUCUUUCUUUGACCAAUAAAGUCUCUUUUCAAAGAGAA